CGGGCGCUUUUCCUGCCUCAUCUGUUGCAACGCUGCAGGAGAGGUAGCAGUCCUGUUUGCAUCCUGCAGGCUGAAACAGAAGAAACUUUGUGUCAACUUACACGGUAUCAGCUGGGAAUGCGUUCAGAGACGGAAAUGCGGCUACGGAGCUGUAACUGGGACAACCUGUGGAGUACAAAGCCUGCUUUCUGAAGCCACUUUUUCAUGCGUAAAAGCAUCCGAUUAUACUGGACUGCGCUGAACUGAACUUACGCAUCUGAACCAGCACGUUUCAGGAGAAGUUGAUACUUUAGCGUCACAUCUGGACGUCUAGGAUUGGAAAGUUUGCAGGCGACUGAAAAACCUUUUACUAGAGAUUUUAAGAGGCAGCAUUCCGUGCACACGAAGUCAAGGGGGAUUCUGGAGGCUGAAGACAUGAGACUUUUGGGCAUCUGCGCGCUUCUGCUGUUAAAAGUUACUUUUGGAGAUGCCUGCGCCAGUGGGAAGUUCACUGAGUUGGGGCAGUGUUGCAGUCUGUGUCCUGCAGGCUUUGGAGUGGAGGUAGAGUGUGGGAAAGAGGAUACCAAGUGCACGCCAUGCCCAAAGGGAACAUUUUCCUCAACUGAAGACCUCAGCUCUUGCAUUCCCUGUGCAAAAUGCCCGCUGAGUGUCCCAACACUAUCCUCUUGUUCUGCAACUGAAAACACCCAAUGUGAAUGUGACAAUGGCUUCUUCUUUAUGAGCCAAUACGGUUUGUGUGCACCCUGUUCCAAGUGCACCAAAGGACAGGGUGUCAUCCAGGAGUGUGGUCCCAAAGGAGACAGGCUGUGCCAGAUUUGUGGUCCUGGAACGUUUUCUGAAGAGCAUGUUGGAAUCAAACCCUGCCAGACCUGCACCCAGUGCUCGGACAGUGAGGUGGAGAUUAGAGCCUGUAUGCCCAACACUGACACAAUCUGCAUGGAUAAGAAGCUCCACAUUCUGUCUCGUCCUGCUCUGGAUGGGGUUGAUGGGACUCGGGAUACUCCUAGCUGGCCCGGUGUGGAGGGGGAAACCAGUCCUUCUCCUGGAACACCCAAGUUUACUCCGCAGGACGAGGGAGGCAGCAACAACAUCUUGGCAUAUGUGUCUGUUCUGGCCGCUGUAGUGCUGGGCCUGCUCGUCUAUGUGGCUUACAAAUGCUGGAGAUCAUGUAAACAGAAGAAGGCUCUCUCUAAGGCCCGUGCGGCUGAGUUGGGAGCGUCCCCAGAGGGAGAAAAGCUCCAAAGUGACAGCGGUGUUUUUCUGGACUCUCACAGCCUGCAGGACAACCAGCCCAGCAAAGGCACUAAGAGGGACAGCAAGCAGGACAAUCGUCUGUACGUCAACCUCCCCCCUCACAGACAGGAAGAGGUGGAGCGCCUCCUGCAGGAGGGAGGGGGUCGUGGGUGGAGGCAGCUGGGUGCAGUACUGGGUUACGAGCCUGAACAGCUGGACCUGUUUGGGCGUGGAGAGGCCCCUGCUCACACGCUCCUCUCUAACUGGGCCCAGAAAGAAGGCUCCACUCUGGGACUGCUGUGUUCUGCAUUGGCCCGCAUUGAGAGGCCUGAUGUGGUUACUAGUCUUAACUGCCCCACACAGGGUGUUUCUGUGGUCUGACAGCACCUGUGACACACUCAUGACUCUAAAAGACUCAAGAGAAGAACUUACAUCAAGAUGACAAGGGAGGCACUCUGAAAUCAACCCCUCUGCCAUUGAUGCUUCUGAUUGCUUUGUUGGACACUUAUGAUUCAGCUUUUACCAAGUGAACAAAAUAUCCUUGUAAAGUUUUCCUCUGCUCAAGUUACAAAUCAUCAUUCAUUUUUAAUGGAUUCAUCUGCAGAAAAAGAUCACCUGGGGUGUUACGCCUCAGUACCUUGCUCAAUGAACACUGCAGAAACCUGGAGAGAUUGUGACCCACAGUGACUCCACACACUUUACAAAAAGGACAAAGCUGUUUACAUGUAUGCAUAUCCUGAUUAUUACAGUGAGUAUACUCAAUGUGUGCCAGGAAAUAGGAGAAUAAUGUGUUUACAUGUGCUUCACAAGUGUAACUAUCCUAAAACCACUGUUUACAUUAUUAGGCAGUAAUCAGAUGUUGCACCCCCUCCACUUCCCCCCCAAAAAGAAGUCAAGGUUACAAACUAUUGUAAACAAAAAUGAACGAUUAUGAUCAUCAA